AGGAAAAGAAAAAAACUCCUGUACUCUUUCCAGAGGUCACCAUUGCUAACUUUCUGGGGAAACUGCAGAAGAGGGUUCAAACGGACGGGACGCUGUGGUCAUUUACACUGGGCGACGGGAGCAGGCCCCUGGAAAGAAGAAAUAAAAGCAGGAAGAUGAGGGCUGUGCAACUACCAGGGAGGAACUGAAGAGUGGAAUCUGUUGUGGAACUGAAGAGAGAAGGCAGACAGAGGGCUUGACUGCUCAUAUUAUGGCCAGCUGCCGCCACCACUCAGGCUACCUGGCGGACGAUGAGGCUGGCCACAGCACAUACAUAGCUCGGGUGCAGCCACCCAAGAAGUCACUGUUGCCAGAAAUGGGGUCAGCCUCCAGACUGGGUCGUAUGCCCCACCCACCAUCAAUGGAUGGCAACUCAGCAUACCGGGGCCACCGCCAAACUGCUAAGGGCCCUCAGGCUUUUGGUAGCUUCCUGGAUUUCCUGACUGAGGGCCAGGUGCUGGACAGCCUACAGACCGUGGUAGAGGAGGCAACAGAGCGCAUGGCUUCCAUGAAGACAGAGGCUGGGGUGCCACUGGUAGAGGUCAAGGACCCAAUUGAGGUUCCAAGUGGUAGGCGGCAGACACGUGUGCGACCCAGCUUCAGCACUGUGCACCGACACCGUGCUCAGCCCAGCCUCUGUACUGGACGCCCCAACAAUUACCCAUCUUGUUCCAGCUCCAUGUCUGACUCCCAUAGCAGCAUCACAGCUGGCUGUCUGGGCUCCCACAGCUGGAAGAGUGACCUGGGUACUCAAGGCUUAGGUUCACUGCCACCCAUGAAGGACAAACUGCUACUGGAGAAAAACCUCAAGCGACUGCUGCGGUUGGAGAAGAAAGGGAAAGGACUGAGUCAGCCCUGUUCCCAGAGGGACUCCCUGCUGUGGGACUCACUGGAUAGCCAGACAAGCAGCCAGUGGACCCGGGAACAGCCCUUGUCUUGGUUCUCAGGGCUACUGGGCUCCAACUCAGGAACUCCUGAAGCAUCAGAGAUGGGACCUGGAGAACGAGAGCUGUUUUUCCUCAAACGAGAGUUCCACAAGGAGAUGAAAUCUUUGCUGAGCCAGCCAGCAUCCUUUGAAUUGCCUGGUUACUGUUCACUCCGUGAGCCCCAUUGCACCCUGGACUUCCUAGCUAAGCACCACCUUUUUCCUGCUCUGCAGACUGUGGUCAACCAGGCUGUGGACAAGCUCAGUGGUGCCCGCCGCCCAGAUGGCUGCCCUCUCUUCCCUGCCAACUACGAUCCCAACCCAGCAUUGUCGUUUAACUUGCUGCCACAAGACUCCAAGAUGGUCACACCCACUGGGAGAGGGGAACCCUGUGAUUCCCUUCUCACUACAGCUUCCAACCCCAAGAUAAUUCCCAGAAAAAUCAAGGCCAGACGGGGCUCCCCCCCAGUGUCCAGUGCCCAGGUGGCCACCAAAUUCAGGCUCAAGGUGAAACACACAGAAGAGACCAAUGUUCCUAGCCCCUCACUUCACCCCAGGCAGGGAGCCCCUGACUCAGAUCCCAAAUUACAGAAAACACCUGUGUCCUGGACCUCCAGCCAGAAAGCCCAGCCCUGGCAUGGCUUGCACCUCACCCUGCCUGCACCUGGGAUCACAGUAGAGUUGGCCUCUAGUCAGAGUUGCCUCAGAGGACCAGUCCCACCUCCACAUGCCUCCUUCCACCCUCUUUCCUCCUACCUUCUCCCCAUGAUCUCCCCUUCUGCUUCACUGUGUCCGAAGGUGACCCCCUCAAGAGUGGGGCAGGGAGCCUUGGGGACAAAUUUGAAGGGCAAGGGCCCCAUCACCCACCAUUUCUAGCAGCCACUGUUACUGGCAGGUGCCCAAGAUUAAGGUCUUUCUUGACCUGCAUUAUGGAAACCUGCUGGGCAUAGUACAAGCUGCUUGAAUACCAGGAGUCCUGGCCUAGCUACUACUAAGAGUUGUCAGAGAUGAAUAAAGGCUAUUUUUUA